CCCGCCCCCCAUUUCCCUGCCCUGGCAGAGUAGGCAGGGAGGGCUUCAGGUCCAUAGUGGGGGAAGUUCCCCUCUACAGGUCCAUGUGCUGGGCAACAGUACCCUCUGCUGGCCUCUUCUGAUAACACACAUUAAGUGUGAUCCCAACCUAUCCUGUCUGGCAAAUAGGGACCUCACUGGCUUUCCUCCAUAUCACCAGAUCUUGCGGGAAUGCAAAUAAGGAAGUUCUUCCUCUGCUUUCAGCCACAGUCUCUGGAUUAUUGCACCAGCUUCCUCACAGAUCUCUUAUCUCCAGUCCCUUACUCUGAUCCCCUAAAGGAGCUCAAGCUACUUAAUAAAGAUUAUGAGGCCCUGUGGCCUAGCACCUGGUCACCUCAGUGGCUUGACCCUUUUCUGCUCCCCCUUUGAACUUCAGACCAGUGGUUCUUUAGUUCUGAAGAGUCACAAAUCCUUUUUGGAACCUAUAAAUGCCAUGAACCUCUGCCGUGGGAAAAUAAAUACACAUGUACAUGGAAUUUUGCGUAAAGAUUAAUGAGAUUCUCAAAUCCUCCACAGCCCAAACAUGGCCUUUAAGUUAGGACUUCUUUCUUAUUCCCUGACUAUACUGAAGUGCUUGCAGUAAUCAAGACUAUCGAUGCAUGCCUACAUCCUCCUGCCUGAGACCUUUCCCUACUUCCCUUACUCUUACCCUAGCUCCUGCUCAUCCUUCAGGUCUCAGCGCAGACAUCACUUUCUCCCAGAAGUCUUCCUUGACCCUCCAUCCUGGAGUGAGCAGCUCCCCCAGUCCUUUGGGUCAGUCAGAGCCCUGGCCACUCAGGGUGGUUACUGGUGGCAUGUGUGUCUAUUCUGUUGGUAACAGACACUUGAAAGUCCCAACGCAUCCCAUAGGGCAAAUCUGGAUCAGAUCUGUCUUCCUCCAUGUCUGCAGAUUUCCUCCAAGUCUGAUCUCACCACCCACCUCAUGCCAGCCAAGGACUGGGUAUAAUGCCAAGAGUCAAGGCUUAAGUAAACAUUCUUUGAAGUGGUGAAUAGAGGAGAUAAACUGGGUUCUAAACCAGAGCAUCAAGCCUCACUCAGUAUGAGACUUCCAGACUCUGAAGGGUGGUCAUUCGACCUUUAUCCCCAAAUUAAGCACCCUGGGAGCAGGAGUCAUAGCAGUGAACGAAUGAACAAUGGUUCGAGUCCCUCCUGAUUUUCUAAUUUCAAACAGAAAAUGCCGAAAGGCCUCUUUCACUCUGGCGCCCUUUCCCUUCCUGGUUGCGGAGGGCGGAACCCGAGGGAGAAACGCAUGCGCAUAAAUGGUCCGCCUUUGGCCCGGAACUUUAGUGCCUGGGCGCAUUGGAGUACCCGGCCCAAGUAGCGUGCUCAGCCGGAAGUGGCUGUUGAGUGCCUGGGGCCGAGAUUCGCGUUCCCACCCUGCUGCAGCGGUCGACAAGUUGGAGAGAAUCAGGAUGGAGGCCGUGGCGACCGCGCCGGCGGCGAGGGAACCUGAUGAGGGCUGCAUGGAGCCUGGACCUGGGCACUGGGGAGAGCUAAGCUGGACAUCAGUCCCAUCCAGACCCCAGCACAAGCUGGAAGCAGCUGAGGGAGCAUCAGAGGCCCUGGACAAAGAUGCCCCCAGGGCUGAGAACACACUGGUGAGUGCCAUGCUGCAUGCUGUGGCUGCCACCCACCUUCCUGUGUGCAGCCAGCAACAGGGUGAGCCCGACUUGACAGAACGGGAGAAGGUGGCCAUCCUGGGCCAGCUAUAUCAGGAGAAGCCACUGGUGUUCCUGGAACGCUUCCGCACAGGCCUCCGAGAGGAACACCUAGCCUGUUUUAGCCACCUUCGUGGCGACCACCGUGCAGACUUCUACUGUGCUGAGGUGGCCCGGCAGGGCACUGCCCGGCCGCGCACCUUACGUACCCGCCUGCGUAACCGUCGCUACGCUGCCCUGCGAGAGCUCAUCCAAGAGGGCGAGUACUUCAGCGAUGAGCAGAUGCGGUUCCGGGCUCCACUGCUGUACGAGCAGUAUAUUGGACAGUACCUGACCCAGGAGGAGCUCAGUGCCCGUACCCCAACCCACCAGCCCCCCAAGUCUGGCUCCCCUGGCUCACCUGCCUGCCCCCUCUCCGACCUGCUGCUCCAGUCCUACCAGGAGCGGGAGCUGCAGCAGCGGCUGCUCCAGCAGCAGGAGGAAGAGGAGGCCUGCUUGGAAGAAGAGGAGGAGGAGGAGGACAGUGAUGAGGAAGACCAGAGGUCAGGCAGAGACUUGGAGGCCUGGGUCCCUGACUCAGAGGAGAGGCUAAUCCUGCGGGAAGAGUUCACAAGCCGGAUGCACCAGCGCUUCCUGGAUGGCAAGGACGGGGACUUUGACUACAGCACAGUGGACAAUAACCCUGACUUUGACAACUUGGACAUUGUGGCACGGGAUGAGGAAGAGAGGUACUUCGAUGAGGAGGAGCCUGAGGACGCACCCAGCCCAGAGCUGGAUGGGAACUGAUGGCCACCCAACAGUGCACUCGGCCAGCCACCCUGCUCCCAGCCCCAACAAGGCAGCUGAUUACAGGCUGGCUCAGUGACUCUUUCUCUAGGGUGGCACCUCCCCCCACACACCACCAGCCUCCCUGGGUCUGGUCUCAUCUCAGACAACACCCCCACUGUUUCUGAGGUUCCCUGCCCUUCUCCCUUUUUCCCUCUCUCCCCUCUGUGCCCUGCCUCUAUCUUUUUCUUGUUGUCUCUAGGUUUCUUUCACUGUCUUCAACUCUCUUAGUCUCUUUCUGUCUUUCUGGAUCUCUCCCUUUCCAGGUCUCUGGCUUCUGUCUCCCCCUUUCUCCCUCUCUGUCUGUGCCUGGGGCUCUGUCCCAGCAGCAGGGCCCAGAAUAAAUGUCCUCCCCUAACCAAGGCCA